CUUCCGCCCGCUGCCAUGUACCGUUGCCUGGGCGAAGCGCUGCUACCGAGCGGCGUCGGGCCCGCCGCCCUGGGCUCCGCGGCAGCGCUGCUGGGCCGGGCCCAUGGGCACCCCGCCGCUGCCGCCCCACAGCCAGGCCUCCCACCGCCGCCCACCCGGCGUCCCUACAGCGAGGCGGCGGCGGAGGCUGGCCGCGAGGACGACCCCAACUUCUUCAAGAUGGUGGAGGGCUUCUUCGACCGCGGCGUCAGCAUCGUGGAGGACAAGCUGGUGGAGGACCUCAAGACUCAGGAGAGCGAGGAGCAGAAGCGCAAGCGGGUGCGUGGCAUCCUGCACAUCAUCAAGCCCUGCAACCACGUGCUGAGCCUGGCUUUCCCCAUCCAGCGCGACAAUGGCUCCUGGGAGAUGAUCCAGGGCUACCGGGCCCAGCACAGCCAGCACCGCACGCCCUGCAAGGGAGGCAUCCGGUACAGCGUCAACGUGAGCGUAGACGAGGUGAAAGCCCUGGCUUCUCUGAUGACCUACAAGUGCGCCGUGGUGGAUGUGCCGUUUGGGGGUGCCAAAGCCGGCUUGAAGAUCAACCCCAAGAACUAUAGCGAUAACGAGCUGGAGAAGAUUACGAGGAGGUUCACCGUGGAGCUGGCCAAGAAGGGCUUUAUCGGUCCGGGCAUCGACGUGCCUGCCCCAGACAUGGGCACGGGUGAGCGAGAGAUGUCCUGGAUUGCGGACACCUAUGCCACCGUCAUCCGGCACGGUGAUAUCAAUGCCUACGCCUGCGUCACUGGCAAGCCCAUCAGUCAGGGUGGGAUCCACGGGCGCAUCUCUGCUACCGGCCGGGGAGUUUUCCAUGGCAUCGGAAACUUCAUCAAUGAAGCUUCUUACAUGAGCAUUUUAGGGAUGACGCCAGGGUUUGGAGAUAAGACGUUUGUUGUCCAGGGAUUUGGGAAUGUGGGCCUGCACUCGAUGAGGUAUCUGCAUCGCUUUGGUGCCAAGUGUGUUGGCGUUGGCGAAUCUGACGGGAGUAUAUGGAAUCCAGAUGGCAUCGACCCAAAGGAACUGGAAGACUUCAAAUUCCAACAUGGAUCCAUCCUGGGUUUCCCCAAGGCAAAGCUUUAUGAAGGGAGCAUCUUAGAGGCCGACUGUGACAUACUGAUCCCUGCUGCCAGCGAGAAGCAGCUGACCAAGUUCAAUGCGCCCAGAAUCAAAGCCAAGAUCAUCGCUGAAGGUGCCAAUGGGCCAGUAACUCCGGAAGCGGAUAAGAUUUUCCUGGAGCGGAACAUCAUGGUCAUUCCAGAUCUCUACCUGAAUGCUGGGGGAGUUACAGUAUCUUACUUUGAGUGGCUGAAGAACCUAAAUCAUGUCAGCUAUGGCCGUUUGACCUUCAAAUAUGAAAGGGAUUCUAACUACCACUUGCUCAUGUCGGUUCAGGAGAGUCUGGAAAGGAAAUUUGGAAAGCAGAGUGGGACUAUUCCUAUUGUGCCCACAUCAGAGUUCCAAGCCAGGAUCUCGGGGGCAUCUGAGAAAGACAUCGUGCACUCUGGCUUAGCCUUCACCAUGGAGAACUCGGCCAGGCAAAUCAUGCACACGGCCAUGAAAUAUAACCUGGGACUGGACCUGAGAACAGCUGCCUACGUCAAUGCCAUUGAGAAAAUCUUCCAGGUGUACAAAGAAGCCGGUUUUACCUUCACCUAGAUGGAUUGCCACGGACUUCUAUACCACUCUCUUCACCUCUUCAUCCGUAGACCUGUCACAAGUUUACAUGCAACCACAGAUCUUUCUCUCAUUGCUUAUAGACAAUGGACAGCAUUCUCAUAGGUCAGUUCAAAUGAGACCCUUCAGAAGAGAGAAAUUAAAGUUAGGGGAUCGUGUGCAACACUAAAAGUCGAUGCCAGAGAGCCAUUUGGGUAUAUCAGUAAAGGAGAUCAAUUCUAUAGAUGACAGACAAAAAAUAAGUGCUGUUUCUCUUUAUGCAUUUUUAUUCUUUUAGAAUAAAAUAAGUACAUGUUGCUGUAAUAAAAUUGCCUUGAACCACUUACUAAGCCUCACCUUGACUAAGUGGUGAAUGCCUGUAAACAUAAUGAAUGAAAAUGCUGUGUAUUUUUUUUUUUUAUAACAACACAGUAUCAUUUAUAGCUUAUCAGUAGUAUGUUGUCCAACAAA